GCUUGACGCAAUCCAAAUAAAAACUAUUUGUCCAGAUUUAACGCAUUUUUUAUGUUUUUUUGCUUUGUUAAUAAAUAAACACUUAACAUAGCAACGAUAAUCGACGCAAGACGCGAGAGAAUGAAUGCGCAGUUCCAUACACCAUCAUUGGGAGACGAAAUAGUAAUCGAUUUGCCAGAGAACGAAACGGAUUGCGGCAAUAUUGCAGCUGGUGGUCAAGGUAAUUUCUCAAUAAGCCAGCAACACCAGCAGGAGGGAGUGUUUGACCAAGAGUUUAGUGAGUCCAAGAGAAUACGCAGUAUGGAUGUAUCAACGGACGAAUACCACAGUGCUAAUGACGAAUCAUUCACAAAUACUGGAUAUUCAGUAUCUCCUACGAAAAAUGCUCAAAAUGCAACGCCAACAGCAACGUUAGCCGCACGCAAGCAAUUAACGCCAAUGGCUACAGAUGCCAAUGAGCCCGCCAAACCGUUAUCAGCAUAUGGACUCUUCUUCCGCGACACAGUAAGCGCAAUUAAGCAACAAAAUCCAAACUGUAGUUUUCAAGAACUUUCCCGCAUCGUAUUAUCUAUGUGGGAGGCACUUGAUGUGAGUCACAAAAAUGUUUAUAGCAAGAAACAUGAAACAGCGCAAAUGGAGUAUAUGAAACAAAUGCGCAUUUAUCGCCAGCAACAGGAAGAAUUACAACAACAACAAUUAGCAGCCAACGCUGCUAUGACACCCACAUUACAAACCAGACCAGCAGUUUUUACAAUUUCACGUUACAAUGCAGACGGCAGCCCUAAUGUUGUCAACACUAAUCAAAACACCGUGCUCGGCAAUAAUGAGAAUGCCAUGAUGAAUGCGUCGCAACAACAAGUACAAACUCCGCCGCAGCAGCAACAAUCAACAACUGAUACUCCCAUUUCCUCGAAUGAUCCUACACAGCCGCAAAUACAAAUGUUAAGUGAAGCUGGUGCAGUGCAAAUGUGUACUCGAGAGAAUUGCAAUAAACGUGCUAUUAUAAAUCCCGAUUGGGAGGAUGAAUACUGUAGUAAUGAAUGUGUUGUUAUACACUGCCGUAAUGUUUUCAAUGCCUGGGUGCAGUCGAAUUUGGAGUCGCGUAAGCAAUAACAGCGGGCAUGUUGGGGUGCUGGGGCAGCUAGAAAGUGAUGCACUCCACAAAACGGUGGGUUUACGCUAAAUUAGAAGAAGUCAAACUGGAAUAAAAUAUUUUACAGAAAUUACUGUAAAUCGUUAAUUUUAGUA